AUGUCGCUCAGAACAGCUGUGCGCACCUUUUCGCGUGCCCGUGCACCUGUCAACAUUGUCGCCGCGCCACGACGCGCCUUGUCCACGGCCGGCUCGUCGUCUGGCGGCUCUCGGUCUCGUGCGCGCUUCGACUGGCGCCUGGCCGCCGGUGUCGUUGGCGCAACAGCCGUCGUCACGUACGUUCUCUCCCCGCCCAUGCGCCUGGAAGCGGCACCCAAGGGCAAGGGCAAGAAGGCGGUCCCCUCUGCGGGCAUCCCGUUCUCCGAGGUGCAAAAGCACAACACACGCGACGACUGCUGGGUGAUUAUCGACGGUAAAGUCUACGACGUGACGGCGUUUAUCGACAUGCACCCCGGCGGCGCCAACAUUAUCAUCGCCAACGCAGGCAAGGACGCGACCAAGAUCUUCAAGCCGCUGCACCCGCCCGACGCGCUGGAUAUCCUCGACGACAGCAAGAAGCUCGGUCCCGUCGACCCCUCGACGCUGCCCGUGGUCGAGGACGAGCCGACAGACGAGGAGAAGCGCAUCGCCGCGGCGCGCGCCCUCCUGCCGCCUGCCGACAGCAUGCUGCUCCUCAACGACUUUGAGGAGUGGGGCGAAAAGGUGCUCUCGUCGACUGGCUGGAACUAUUACAAGUCCGCCGCCGACAGCGAGGCCACCAUGGACAACAACGCUGCGGCGUUCAAGCGCUACUUCUUCCGUCCCCGCGUCCUGCGGGACAUCACCACGGGCGACCUCGAGACCGAGGUGUGCGGCACCAAGAUGGCCAUGCCAUUCUUCAUUUCGCCCGCGGCCAUGGCCAAGCUCGGCCACCCGGACGGCGAGGUCAACCUCACGCGCGGCGCCGGCAACGCGGGCAUUGUCCAGGGUAUCUCCAUCAACGCCUCGUGCUCGCUCGACGAAAUCAUGGCCGCGCGCCAGGCAGGCCAGGCGGUCUGGUUCCAGAUCUACCUCAACAAGGACCGCGCCGCGUCCGAGAGGCUGCUUGAAAAAGUCACCGAGCUCGGCGCCAACGCCAUCAUCUUCACGGUCGACGUCGCGUGGCAGAGCAAGCGCACGCGCGACGUCCGCGCCAAGGCCAGCGUCGCGGCCCCCAUUGCGUCGACGGGCGAGGGCAAGACGGGCAGCGGCGGCAAGACCGGAAAGUCGGGCAAGCAGGGCGCCGGCGUCUCGGCGGCCAUCUCGGGCUUCCAGGACCCGUACCUCCUGUGGGACGACAUUGACUUUAUCCGCAAACACACCAACCUCCCCAUCAUCGUCAAGGGCGUCCAGUCCAUCGAGGACGUGGCCGAGUGCGCCGAGCGCGGUGUGCAGGGUGUCAUUCUCUCCAACCACGGCGGCCGCGCUUGCGACUAUGCCCCGGCCCCCAUCGACCUGCUGUACGAGAUGCGCGCGCUCCGCCCGGACCUGUACAGCAAGCUCGACGUCAUGAUGGACGGCGGGGUCCGCAGCGGCGCCGACGCCGUCAAGGCGCUCGCCCUCGGCGCCAAGGCCGUGGGCCUCGGCAGGCCGUUCCUGUAUGCCAACUCGACUCACGGCCAGGAGGGCGUCGAGCGCGUGUGUGAGAUCAUGGAAGAGGAGAUCACCAACACGAUGCGUAACUGCGGCGUCACAAAGGUCGCAGACCUCAAGCCCGAGAUGGUCGGCCCCGCAGGACCGUGGGUGGGCGCCAACCGUCCUCCAUGGCUGUAG